AUGGUUGAAUCAAAGGCAGAAAAGGCCGAAGUAGGCCGGGAAACGGUCGCCUCUGGAAAGGAAGACAUGGAACUGGGUGCACCGGCCGAAACGGCAGUGAAAGUGUUUACGGUGGAAAUACUCCGCCUAAUAAAGGACAUGCAGUUGCAGCAUGGUCUUCGUCAUGGAGAUUUUCAGCGCUACCGUGGGUACUGUUCCCGGCGCGUAAAGCGUCUCCGCAAAACACUCAAUCUACCUCAGGGUGAUAGGCGACAUUACAAGAAGCGCAACGUUACGCUCGCGAACCUGGAGAAGGUGGACUCCGAUGAGCGUUUUCUGCACAUACCGCUCAUGUUGGCCGAACGUACUUGGUCGUAUGCGAUGCAACUACGGCAAGAAUCCAAUACCGAACCACGCAAACGGUUCCAUCUGAUUGAAAAGCUUCGCAAGUCGUGCGUGUAUGCGUUGCAGCUGCAGGACCUAUGCGCUUCGGAUCGUUGCGAUGCGCGUACGAAGCUAGAAGCAGAAGCGUACUCGGCGUGGAUCCAUGGUUCGUUGCAUUUCGAAUUGGCGCUGUGGAAAUCGGCUGCCGAAAAUUUGAAGAAGGCUCAGGUGAUUUACGAAAAUCUUGCCCAAGCCAUGCCUGAAGAAGAGCAAACCGUAUACCGCGCAAAGGUGGAAGAAUUGAAACCAAGUCUGCGGUACUGUGCGUACAAUGUGGGCGAGAAUGCGUCAGUAAAUGAUUUGCUGGAGAUGCGUGGCCAGGCAGGUUUGCUGGGCAAUCUGAGCCAUCUGGUGGCUCAGACAAAAGCGGAAAGUAUGGAAGCGUUCCAGAUGACGGAAUGGCGCGGCCGCAGUGUGACAGUCCGGCCGGAGAAGGUACGACUGUUUCUGCUUAGCAUACAGGAGCUGAACAAGAGCAUCGAAAAGGCGAAAGAUUUCCCGACCAAGAUAGAAAUGCUGGAGAAUGUAUUGCUCGAUUGUAAGGAUGCGAUUGCCGCGAUUAAGGACGAGAUAAAGCAGGAUCCCAAGUUGCGCCAGAACACGGCUGAAGGUGGGUCUGGUGGGCUAAUUGGCAUUCAGUAUCUUUUGGCAUACAUGUCUUACACGAGGUUAAAGCUAACGUUGGAACGCAAUCUAUUGCUGGUGGCACAGGCCAAGGUAACGCUGGACGAUCCGAAUGUGGCGGAAAAGAGUCAACUCACUGGUGGCGGGAAGAAAACUAAACCGCAGGAUCUUUCCCGACUGUACGAGAUCAUUCUGCAGAAUGUGACGGAAAUGCAGCAGCUGAGCGGUUUGGAAGCUGAAGCUUCGUAUCAGGCAGAGAUGGAAACGUUGUCCCUUUCAUUCCGCGCCUUCCGUUGCUAUUACAUCGCCAUUACGCUGGUAGCGAUGAAGCGUUGGCGAGAAGCCGUUGCCAUGUACGAACGGUCGAAAAAGUAUGCUAACGAUGCGGCCAGCAGCAAGACACCAUGCAAGGACUUCGAUCUAAGAAACGAGCUAAAACAGCUGGUCGCAACGAUUGAGGGAUGUAAAUUUUCGGCCCAUGCGUACAGCGUGCUGGAAGAUGACAAUGCCGACGAUACGGUACUGUUUGGCAAGAGUCAGAAAUCCUCCAAACCACUGUACGAGCGGCUUUCCCACUACAAGGAAGACGCGACGCUGAACUCGCGCAACCCGAACGUGUACAAGCUGAUCCCGGAGAUGGAACCGAUACCCGCCAAACCACUGUUCUUCGAUCUGGCCCUCAAUUUCGUCGAUUUCCCAUCACUGGACGAUAAGAUAGAGCAGAAGGCGACCGGCAAGGGUGCGACCGCGGGCAUGUCCGGCUUUGUGAAGGGUCUGUUUGGUUGGGGUGGUACUGGCGGCGCCAACAAGUAA